CGCUCAUAGAGUUGGUCAGUCAUUCAGUCAGUCAGUCAGCCAGAGCGCGUUAAGCCACAACACCAAACCUCCCCAUGGCUCUACGGACAGCGACAUCCCUGUACCUGUGUUUCCUGCUGGGAGUACAUUGCUGGCAUGAUCUGGACAACACUGAGUACGACUGUUGGCCGAUCAACAGUCCAAAUGAUUACAACAUGAUCAGCUGUGGUGGACUGGAAAUGGCCUGGGUGCAGCGCCCGCCAGAGAAAAUAACCAAUGGGAAGGAUUUCAAUGUCUCGUACACGGUGACGGCUCCAGAUUCCUUCUACGAGUACGCAGUCAGGAACAAGAUUUUCCAGUUCAGUGAAGCGUCAGAGGCAAAGAGGUUCUGUCAUGAACACGAGUGCCCUGCAAACUGGAACAGCGCCAACGAACUGAACUGCUGUGUUUAUCAUGCCAACAUCCACUCCUGUCCUCUGGGCCUGAUGAAACAAGGUGGGAUCUGUGGCCCGUGGAUUCCUGACGAUGGUGAAAUAGUGACUCACACUGUCUCCCAGGCGGGCCAGAUGACUCAGAAGUUAUGGACUUCAAAGGUGGUGCUGGUCCAUGUGGGAGUCACCUCAGUUAUUGCUCAUAUCAAAAUAGGACAGAUGCAUGCAGCUCUGGAGUCCAAAGUGAAUGUUGUCAGUGCUCAAGUGUGCGGGGAUAAAAAGUGCGAGAAGGAGGAGAACUGUCUGAACUGUCCUGCAGACUGUGGCAUCUGCCCCAUGUCCAUCACUAUCAAGGUGGCCAUCGGGCUUCCUGUUGCUCUUUUCAGCAGCGGCUUCAUCCUAACCAUGGUGUGGCUCCAGUACCAGAAACAGAAGUUGCUCUGGGACGAAAGCUGGAUCAUUAACUACAAGAGCAUAAUAUUUGUGUGUGACAACGGCCUCAGCAGCAUUAUCAGCCUGCAGCGCAUCAAGAGUAUCUCCACCAUCAGUCGAACUACUGAUGUGACCGUGUGCACCGGAGUCAACACCUCCUUCAAACAAGGCUUCAUCCAGCCAGGCAUCUAUGACGGGAGGAGGGUGGCUGUGAAACACAUCCAGAAUAAACAUUUCACGCUUUCUAAAACCAUCAGGAAGGAGGUGAAAGAAGUCAGGCAACUGGACCACCCCAAUCUAUGCAAGUUCAUUGGUGGUUCCACUGAGGUGCCGUACGUCAGCAUCAUCACAGAGCACUGCCCCAAAGGAAGUCUGUCUGAUGUCCUGCUCAACGACGACAUCCCCAUCAACUGGGGCUUCAGACUGUCCUUUGCUACCGACAUCGCCCGCGGGAUGUCUUACCUGCACCAACACAAGGUGUUUCAUGGGAGACUUCACUCCAGAAACUGUGUCAUCGACGACCGUUGGGUUUGCAAAAUCUCAGAUUACGGGCUAACAGCCUACAGGAGGGAGGACUUUGAGGCCAUCAGUAAUGGCUUCACUUGUGGGGAUGUAAACCGUAUAUACUGCGCCCCCGAGGUCCUGCUGGGAAGCAGCUCCAAUAUGACGCCAGCAGCAGAUGUCUACAGCUACUCCAUGAUUCUGGUUGAGAUUGCAAUUCGCUCUGACCUCAUUUCAGACCAAACUGAGGGAGCGAGGAUGGAUAUCUUGUGGCGCCCCCCUCUGCCUGAAGUGAAAGCAGGGAAGGCAGAUACUGACUGUCCCAGUCAAGGAGACUACUGUGAGCUUAUUAAGAAGUGCUGGUGUCAUAAUGUCACCAUGAGGCCCACAUUUGAGCAGGUGAAGAAGAUGCUCGACAAAAUGAACCCACACAAAGUCAGCCCAGUGGACAUGAUGAUGAACCUGAUGGGGAAGUACAGCAAACAUCUGGAGGCCAUAGUGGCUGAGAGGACACAGGACCUUCUUCAAGAGAAACAGAAGACUGAUCGGCUGUUAUACAGUAUGUUACCAAAACGGGUGGCUGAUGACCUUCGUCAAGGCCGGACAGCAGAAGCUCAGAGCUAUUCCAACGCCACCGUCUACUUCAGCGAUAUUGUCGGCUUCACUCAGCUGUCUGGCUCCAGCACUCCCCACCAGGUUGUGAACUUCCUUAACCAGCUCUACACAACCUUUGAUGACAUUAUUGACAAUUAUGACGUCUACAAAGUGGAGACAAUAGGCGAUGCUUACAUGGUGGUCUCUGGGGUCCCUCAAGAAAAUGGCAUCAAUCAUGCUGGAGAGAUAGCCAGCAUGGCUCUUGAUCUGGUCAGUGUCUGCCACACUUUCAAGAUCCCUCACAAACCCAACACACAGCUGAAGGUACGCGCCGGCAUCCACUCAGGGCCUGUUGUGGCUGGUGUGGUUGGCACCAAGAUGCCUCGCUACUGCCUGUUUGGGGACACGGUCAACACGGCAUCUCGCAUGGAGUCAACAAGUGAAGCUCUGAAGAUCCAGGUGAGUGGAACCACAGCUGACCUGCUUCACACACUCAGAGGUUACGUUCUGACAUGCAGAGGGACACUUAAUGUGAAGGGAAAAGGGGAGAUGAAGACAUGGUGGCUUGAAGCAAAGAGAGAGGAUUACACAGACCCACUGCUCAGAACAUCUGAGCUCCCUGUGCCAGUUAGUGACUAGAUGUGACAAUAACUGUAUGAAACUGGCCAGCUUUUGUGUUGUGUAAUUGUGUCCAGUGAGCUACGAUGACGUUAAUUGUAUAGAAACAAUGAUAGGAUGAACUAAUAGUUUAUCAUAAAUUGCCAUACUGCACUUUAAAUACAAUAGAUGUUACCUACAAAGUGUUCAAAAUUGUUCAUCAUUAGGGCUUUGAGGUUAUGACGUUAUGAUGGCAAUAAAAUUGUGAUUUGUCUGUAAUAAGAUUGUGCAGAACAUGGUCAAGUUUUUUUUAGUUGAGUAAAUGAUAUUUUUUUAAAUCACAAUUUAUUAUUUUCCCUUGUAUAUAGCUUUAUUUGUUUUUGUAAAAAAACAAUAGAAAUAAUAUAAAAGUAAGGGAUUUAUUCACUGCCUGAAAAUUAAGAAACUUCUUUUAUCUUAGAUAAAUAAAAAUCAGCAAAGACCUUGAGAUUAAAUUCACCUAAAUUCAACAUUUUGACAGGGAACUGACAUCUGAACGGGCCUUUUGCACAGGAAAUGCAUGUGAGAUUGAUAAACUUGGUAAUGGCCUUUGUCUGUUCUUUUAUGACUAUUAGGGCCUUGGUAUUGCACUCUACUACUAUGUUGUUUAUCUGCAAAUAAAAAACUGAGCUAUUAUUAAUGCUUUUAGUUUACUUGUGCUUUAAUUGAUGACAAGCAAACUGUUUCAUUCAACCUGCCCUGGAUUUUUCAAAUUAUGUAGUUUGCCUUGUUGAUGUAGAAUAGAUUUGAUACACAACUGAACUAUACACUAACUAAUAACUAUUACAACUAAUGUAGCUGUACAAUGAGCUUUUUUUCCUUGUAUUGUUCUUAAUAACCUACAUAAACAAU